GCGCUCUCUUUGGCUGUUUACGGCAUCGAUUGCGGAAGUCGCUUCAAUCUGGGGAAUAAUUAGGCCAAAGGAAGGCGGGUGAUAAGCUGGGAUUGGAGACAAGGUGGAAAAUGAAAUGACUCCAAAAAGAUAAAUGCAAGAAGAGUAGCAACAGCGUCUGUCUUCCUCUCCCCAGUUCCAGGUGAGUCGGCUGAUUGAAGACAGGCUCCUGUGGAUCCUGGCCAUGGAUGAAGAGUUUACGCCUUUGGACUGCCUGCUGCCCUCAGGCACGCAGAGGAUCUGUCUGAUUAUUCUGAACCAGCCUCUUGAUAAGGACUACCUGCACAUCCUCUGGAGUAAAGCUCUCUUGAGGGCUUGUGCUGAUGGAGCUGCCAAUCACCUUCAUAACAUCACUGCUGGAGUUAGAGACAGCUUUCUCCCCGACUAUAUCAGUGGGGAUUUUGAUUCCAUUACUGCCGAGGUCAAAGUAUUCUAUGCAGACAAGGGAUGCAAGCUAAUAGAAACAGCUGACCAGGAUCUAACUGAUUUCACCAAGUGCCUUGCAAUCAUGGUGGAGGAAGUUCAGAGACGACAGUUACAGGUGGAUGCCAUAGUGACGUUGGGCGGUCUGGCUGGCAGAUUUGACCAGAUCAUGGCAUCUGUUGAGACCCUUCACCACGCUCUGUCCAUGACACAACUCCCCCUGUUGAUUAUACAGGGGACAAGCCUAGUACACCUACUCAGACCCCAGGGCAGCCAUAAACUGGAGGUGAACACAGGCCUGGAGGGUGACUGGUGCAGCCUCAUUCCAGUAGGUGGACCCUGCCAAACAAGCACUUCUGGACUGAAAUGGAACCUGAAUAACCAGGUCCUGCAGUUUGGGAAGCUGGUAAGCACCUCCAACACCUAUGAACCCGUUGCCCCUGGAAAUCCCAGGAAGCCUGUAACCGUGACGACAGACCAGCCUUUGCUCUGGAGCAUGGGCAUUCGGAAGGAUGGGAAAUGACAAAAGAAAUCCUUCUUCUCAAGCAGUAUUGGACUAGUCCCAACAUGUAACUGACUUUACCGCUGAGUUACGGCAAAGUCACUCAUGUCAUGUUUUGUGCAGCAUGAAAGUAAAAGAAGGAAAAAGCACUAUUACUUGUGGCUAAACACCUCACUGAAGUGUAUGAGUGUCAUCUGAUAUAAUGAUCAAGACAUUCCAGAAAAUUCCAAACAGACUAAAAGAGCCGAUUACUAUUUUUAAAUAUAGUAAUCGGCUCUUGUUCAUUUAUAAACGGAUUCCUGUUUAUGUAUAUGAACCAUAUACACCCGACCAAAAUCUAAGCCUUAUUGCACACCAACAUCUGAUUCCUUUCAUAGAAGAAAAAAAAAAAAAAGUGUGAUAUUAGUCAACUGUUGAGGACUUGCAUCACCAUUCCUCAAAGUACACCAGCCUUUUAAUGUGAGCAGGUGUCUGCAUUGUUUCACAGCCUUCACUAUGUGCCUUUAACCUCAGUGCUCCUGGUCCUCUGUCCACUUGUAAGCUAUCAUAUCAACAAUACUAUGGAAACUACUGUACACCCAGGUUCAAAUUAUUUGUGCCUUUUGAUGACACUAUUUGUAAGUCAGAUAAUGUAAAACCCACUGUAUGCAUGCUGUAGUAAUAGCAGGACUAUCAGAAUAGAUGUGAUAAAUCAGUCUGUGGGUUUCCAUCUGUUUUAUUUACACAUUGAAUAUAAAUGUUGCGCAGAAUGUAAAAAUGACAUCUCUUAAGUCCCCAAUCACACCAGCCCAAUAACACUUUGCCCCACCAUCUCCUGUCCCCGGGUAUUGAAGUUUGUGCGUUUUCUUGACAAGGAUUUAACCACCACUAGAUGGGAA